AUGCACCAUAACCUAGCAUCUGUUUCGCAAUCCCAAUUGCACCGUUUCCAACCCCCUUCCUCCGUUCCGUCCUGGUUGUUCCCUCUUCCUCGAACCGCCGUCCUGUCCCCUUUCUGCUCGUCCUUCCUUCCUCUCCUCCCGUCUCCGCUCCCCCUCUGGUUUCAUUCUCAGGAGUUUGACGCGAGUGGGCAUCCGCAGCAGCACCUGCAGUCGCUACUGAAGCUGGCAGAGGAAGGGAAGGCCAAAGGCAAGGUGGUGGCGGUGGGUGAGUGCGGGUUGGACUAUGAUCGCCUUGUGUUCUGCCCCAAGGAGGUGCAGCAGAAGUACUUCGAGCUCCAGUUUGACCUCGCCCAGGCCACCCAGCUGCCCAUGUUCCUGCACAUGCGCGCUGCUGCUGAUGAUUUCCUAGAGAUUGUGAAGAGGAACGAGAGCAGGUUCGUGGGGGGAGUGGUGCACUCCUUCACAGGCACGUGCGACGAACGAGACGCCAUUCUAGCAGUUCCAAAGCUGUCCAUAGGCAUUAACGGGUGCUCACUGAAAACGGAGGACAACCUUAAAGCCAUGGCGGGGAUCCCUCCCAAUCGUCUCAUGCUUGAAACCGACUCGCCUUACUGCGAUGUGCGGCCGACACACGCCGGUCACCGAUUCGUGGGCAGCAAGUGGGCGGCAAAGAAGAAGGAGGCUCAUUCAGAGGAUGCGAUGGUGGUGAGUUCAAUGACGGAGGUGGUGAGUUCAAUGACGGAGGUGGUGAGUUCAAUGACGGAGGUGGUGAGUUCAAUGACGGAGGUGGUGAGUUCAAUGACGGAGGUGGUGAGUUCAAUUGACGGAGGUGGUGAGUUCAAUGACGGAGGUGGUGAGUUCAAUGACGGAGGUGGUGAGUUCAAUGACGGAGGUGGUGAGUUCAAUGACGGAGGUGGUGAGUUCAAUGACGGAGGUGGUGAGUUCAAUGACGGAGGUGGUGAGUUCAAUGACGGAGGUGGUGAGUUCAAUGACGGAGGUGGUGAGUUCAAUGACGGAGGUGGUGAGUUCAAUGACGGAGGUGGUGAGUUCAAUGACGGAGGUGGUGAGUUCAAUGACGGAGGUGGUGAGUUCAAUGACGGAGGUGGUGAGUUCAAUGACGGAGGUGGUGAGUUCAAUGACGGAGGUGGUGAGUUCAAUGACGGAGGUGGUGAGUUCAAUGACGGAGGUGGUGAGUUCAAUGACGGAGGUGGUGAGUUCAAUGACGGAGGUGGUGAGUUCAAUGACGGAGGUGGUGAGUUCAAUGACGGAGGUGGUGAGUUCAAUGACGGAGGUGGUGAGUUCAAUGACGGAGGUGGUGAGUUCAAUGACGGAGGUGGUGAGUUCAAUGACGGAGGUGGUGAGUUCAAUGACGGAGGUGGUGAGUUCAAUGACGGAGGUGGUGAGUUCAAUGACGGAGGUGGUGAGUUCAAUGACGGAGGUGGUGAGUUCAAUGACGGAGGUGGUGAGUUCAAUGACGGAGGUGGUGAGUUCAAUGACGGAGGUGGUGAGUUCAAUGACGGAGGUGGUGAGUUCAAUGACGGAGGUGGUGAGUUCAAUGACGGAGGUGGUGAGUUCAAUGACGGAGGUGGUGAGUUCAAUGACGGAGGUGGUGAGUUCAAUGACGGAGGUGGUGAGUUCAAUGACGGAGGUGGUGAGUUCAAUGACGGAGGUGGUGAGUUCAAUGACGGAGGUGGUGAGUUCAAUGACGGAGGUGGUGAGUUCAAUGACGGAGGUGGUGAGUUCAAUGACGGAGGUGGUGAGUUCAAUGACGGAGGUGGUGAGUUCAAUGACGGAGGUGGUGAGUUCAAUGACGGAGGUGGUGAGUUCAAUGACGGAGGUGGUGAGUUCAAUGACGGAGGUGGUGAGUUCAAUGACGGAGGUGGUGAGUUCAAUGACGGAGGUGGUGAGUUCAAUGACGGAGGUGGUGAGUUCAAUGACGGAGGUGGUGAGUUCAAUGACGGAGGUGGUGAGUUCAAUGACGGAGGUGGUGAGUUCAAUGACGGAGGUGGUGAGUUCAAUGACGGAGGUGGUGAGUUCAAUGACGGAGAUGGUGAGUUCAUGGCAGGUGUAGUGCUGCUGUGUACCACCCGGGUGACCAAGUAA